GACGAGAUACUUUCGUUUAGAACCUUGCCUGUUUGUCUGCGUCCUACAGCCGCGCCCCUUUGUGUUACCUGAGCCCGACUGCUCCAAGAAGUGUUGACUUGAUCCUGUUCUGACUUGUUGGAAGGAGAAAUAACAACCCACGAGUUGUUGGAGUUAAAUCAGAGAGUAAAAGUGUUUUUUCUGUUCCUGCACCCGAGACGACAAAGUGAAAGUACAGGUACACUGAAGGUACGACGGCGGCUGCGGAGCAUACCUGUGAUUAUUCUGCUGCUCUGCAAUGGGUUGCUUUUAUUUCCUGGCCUCGUUCUUAUUUACCUCCUGCCUCGUUCUAGGUGCUGAACCGCCUACAAAAUAUGUCCUCAAGGGGACGGGGGAGAGCUUGAAGCCGACCUUUUCUGGACAACCAAAUUCAAUUCUGUGGAAACAUAACGGAAACAAAGUGGUGGAGUUUGACAGCAGAGAGGAACAGGUGUACGGAGCGUACAAAAACAGGAUCACUCUCGACUGGGUCUCGGCAGAGCUCGAAAUCACCGGCCUCAAGUUUGAAGACAGAGGACUCUAUGAAGUGGAAGUCGACAUCAACAACAUGUUACAUCUGUCAGAAUUCAAACUGGAGGUCAUAGACAAGGUUGCCAUGCCGACCAUAUCUUGUGAGAUAAACAAAGACGGUGGCUCCGAUGUUUCUGAGGUCCGGGCGACGCUGCUGUGCUCUGCAGACCCACCCCACCUGAGUCCAUGA